AUGGGAAACUUAAUACUCUGUAAACCCCAAGAUAACAAACUUGAAGCUACUGUACCCUUUAGUAGAACUACAAUGGGGGAAAUAAUGUUCCUUCAAAUUUGUUUGCUAGAUCAUAGCUGUAUGCUAUCCUGGUUGAGUACAAAUUGGCUCAAGUUAUGCAAUAGUAAAUGUGGUCUCAAGGUUGGAAGACUCAACAAUCUUCCUUGGCUCUGGGGACUUGGUUCUGUUUUGGCCAAAAUAACUGUCUUCAAUGAUGGAAGUUACUUCUGUUCUUUCAGAUAUGAUAUGGCAAUCGACACCGUUCAGAGUUAUGCACCUGAUUUGGAUCAUUAA